ACUUGGCAGUUCCCGCACUGUAUACACUUCCGCUAGCUCAGCCUCAAACCAGGGGAACAGCUCGUCUCUUCACAUCUCGCACCUCCCCGCGUCGGCCUCGAUCGUCGUCCUUGUAGCACGGCUAAUUCCGAAUUUCAAGGGAAAGCAAGGACCAACAAGCUCCGAUCGAGCUAGCUAGGCAGCCUAUAGGGGCUGGAGGACAUGUCUGCGGCAGGGCCCAGGGUCGCGGCCGGUGCAACGCGUGGCCCGUCCUCAGCCGUGAAGCCGGCUGCGGCAGCGGUCGGUGGUAGGGAUCAUCAGACAAGGCAGCAGCCGAUGCAGCAGCGGAGCGUCGACGAGGACCGGGCCAAGAGGAUCAGGCAACAGCUGCCUUCAUCAGCGGCUCAGCGUGCGCUCCCGUCCAUGCUCUUACGCCGGUCCGAGCUGCUCCGCCGCGGCGGCGGCGGCAUGAACACGCACACGCACUCGCUCAGCGUGUCCUCCUGCGCGUCCGAGGCCUCCGACGACUCCUUCUGCAGCCGGGCCACCACCGGCAGGAUCGGCCGCCGACCGCCGCCGGCUGGAACCCCGCACGGCGGAUCAUCAUCCGCCGGCGGCCGGCGGAGGGUGCCCGGGACGUCGUCGGCGUCGGUCAGGCCAGCGCCUGCCCAGAAGGCGGCGGCGGCGGCGGUGAUUAUGGGUUCGCUCAGCCUCAACGGAGGAGCGGCGGCGGGGCCGCCGAGGUGCCCGUGGGUGACCCCUAAUACCGAUCCAUGCUAUGCUGCCUUUCAUGACCAAGAGUGGGGAGUCCCGGUACAUGAUGACAAGAAAUUGUUUGAGAUGCUUGUUCUGUCUGGUGCAUUGGCUGAGAUGACUUGGCCUGAUAUUAUCAGCAAGAGGGACACCUUCAGGGAAGUUUUCAUGGAUUUUGAUCCUGUGCUGGUGUCAAAGCUAAACGAGAAGAAGUUGUUGGGGCCAUGCAGCCCGGCCAGGUCGCUGUUAUCAGAGCAUAGGCUGCGUGCAAUCGUCGAAAACGCGCAUGAGUUACUAAAGAUCAUAGAGGAGUUCGGAUCGCUUGACGAAUACUACUGGGGCUUUCUGAACAACAAGCCUAUGGUCGGCAGGCACCGUUCCCCGCGGGAGGUGCCGCUGCGGACGCCGAAGGCCGAGGCCAUCAGCCAGGACCUGAUGAGGAGGGGCCUCCGUGGCGUCGGCCCGACGGUGAUCUACGCCUUCAUGCAGGCCGCCGGCAUGGCCAACGACCACCUCGUCACCUGCUACCGUUUCGACGAGUGCACCCAAGCUCCUGACGACGGCCAUGGCAAAAACAGUAACACCUUGGCGGUGCAAGGGCAAGACCAGGAGAUGAGCAAGAUGUGUGGGAUGGUGGAGUGCGCCGGCCUGGAGACCUCGAGAGCCGCCACCGUGAUCAGCAUCUCGUAGCGAUUGAGAACGUUUUGCUGGUUUUGUGUAUAUGGUUUGAUGAUUUGGGGUUUGAUGAGAAAUUUGUGUGGAAUUGGUUGAGUAGUUGUGUUCGUGCGAAAAGAUAGGUAUGUAGCUAGUGAAGGAAACCGCGGGAAGAUUUUUUUCCGCUGUGUCAUUAACAAUCUGCAGGGUGGAGCCGCUGCAGAUAUUGUAAAGUUGAGAUCGAUUUGAUUGAAACACAAAACCAGAAAGUGUGGUUCUUUCUUGGGCUUUUUGUUGGAUAUGUUGAUCUCACCUGAAAACUGAGGCGAAAUAGAAAGUGAGACGUUGCAUUGUCAACGUCAUGGGUCUUGA